AUGGAGCUCAACGGUUUCGACCUGUUCGCUUUCUUCCUCUGCUCGGGCCUGUUUGGUAUACUGUUAUCAGCCUGGGCUACGACUGACUUCAUCGCUGACCGAGAGGUCUCGCUCCUCAUCGUGGUCUUCGCCAUUCUCGUGUCCACGCUGUUCUUCCGGCUCUCCAGCGCAAAAGCAGUCAUCAACUACAUCUCUCGUCAUACAACAGAGAUCCAGGACAAGCAGAUUGCCGACAUGAAAGAAGCCCACCGCCGCCGCGUCGCAGCUCUCAAGUACGAACACCAGAUGCAGCAUCACCAGUUGCAGGCCAACCUGAACACCGCCAACGUAAAAUUCGACCGCCUGUACAGUGACCACGAUUGGAUCAGCGGCAUGUACCAGGACCAGAUGCGCAGCAUACAAGAGCAAGAACACCGCAUUGCCUACCUCGAAGUGAAACUCCAGGAAUUCGGCCAACGCACGCCUGGUGCCCACAUGCCGUUUUCUGCGCCCUCCUCUCAGAUCAGUUUCUCCAACCCGCCGCGCCGCAAUCGAUCUACGAUGAGGUCUCCGGUAGGCCCGAGCCCUCUGGCGCAGGUUGUAGAGGUGGACGAGGAGUAA